GGAGCCGGGACGGGACUUUCCCGGAGCCGCGACCGGGGGGCGGCGGCGGCGGCGGGGCCGGGGCUGAAGCGAGAAGAAAUGCGGAGCAAGAGAAUGUGCCUGGAGGCUCUGCUCUGAUUCUGCCUCUUUGUUAGAAGUCUCCAGUCAUUUCCUGUGGUCAGUCAGACCUUGACCCCAGCGGGACCCCCAUCAGUGGUAGCCAGCAGUCCCAGCAGCAAUGCUGGGCCUGGACGGGUUGCUGAGACCAGCCUCUUCCUCCCCGGGACUUUCCGGAGCGGCGGUGCCUUCCUGCCGCCGCCGGUCCCCGCUCACCCCCGCGCUCUCCCCGCAGGCCGGCGGCCGGCCCCGCGCAGACAUGGACGAGCAGUUCCAGCCCUGCCUGGAUGGGAUUGACUACGAUGACUUCAAUUUCGGCUCCCACAUGGUGGAGCAGAAGGAGCCCGUGAUGCAGACAGUGGAAGGUCCCUACCUUGUAAUCAUUGAGCAGCCGAAGCAGCGGGGGUUCCGGUUUCGGUAUGGCUGCGAGGGCCCUUCACAUGGGGGGCUGCCAGGAGCAUCCAGUGAGAAGGGGCGCAAGACCUAUCCCACUGUCAAGAUCUGCAACUACACAGGGAUGGCCCGGAUUGAGGUGGACCUGGUGACGCACAGCGACCCUCCCCGCGUGCAUGCCCACAGCCUGGUGGGCAAGCAGUGCAACGAGGCCGGCAACUGCGUCGCGAUCGUGGGACCCAAGGACAUGACAGCUCAGUUCAGCAACCUGGGUGUGCUCCACGUCACCAAGAAGAAUAUGAUGGAGAUCAUGAAGGAAAAGCUGAAGCAGCAGAAGAUGCGCAACAGGAGCCACCUGCUAACGGAAGCGGAGCUGCGUGAGAUCGAGCUGGAGGCGAAGGAGCUGAAGAAGGUGAUGGACCUGAGCAUUGUGCGGUUGCGCUUCACUGCCUACCUCCGUGACAGCAGCGGGAACUUCACACUGGCCCUCCAGCCCGUCAUCUCGGACCCCAUCCAUGAUAGCAAGUCCCCAGGAGCUUCCAACCUGAAGAUCUCACGUAUGGAUAAGACAGCAGGUUCUGUGCGGGGAGGGGACGAGGUCUACUUGCUGUGUGAUAAAGUUCAGAAAGAUGACAUCGAGGUGCGUUUCUACGAGGAUGAUGAGAACGGCUGGCAGGCCUUUGGGGACUUCUCCCCCACUGACGUGCACAAGCAGUACGCCAUCGUCUUCCGCACACCCCCAUACCACAAGCCCAAGAUCGACCGUCCCGUCACCGUCUUCCUGCAGCUGAAGCGGAAGCGGGGGGGCGACGUGAGCGACUCCAAGCAGUUCACCUACUACCCCGUGGUGGAAGAUAAGGAAGAAGUGGAGAGGAAGCGCAAGAAAGUCCUGCCUCAGUUUCCCCAGCACUUUGGCGGGGGUUCACACAUGGGGGGCGCUGGCGGGGGGGCCGGGGGCUUCGGCUCUGGAGGAGGCGGGAACCUCAGCUUCCCCUACUCCCCUGGGCUGGCCUACAACAGCAUCUACUCGCCCGGCCCUCACCCCGUGGGGGGCUACCAGGGAGGUGUGCAGAUGAAGGGCCCCGAGGCAGGAGGGCCUGGGAGUGACAGACAGGCGCCUGCGGAGAGCACGUACUGCAAGGAGCUGCAGAAGCACGCCCAGCUCUGCCAGCUGUGGAUGCUGGCGGUGGCCCAUCGCAAUGCCCAUGCCCUGCUCGACUACUCAGUCACUGCUGACCCCCGCAUGCUGCUGGCAGUCCAGAGGCACCUGGCCGCAUCACAGGACGAGAAUGGAGACACACCUUUGCACCUUGCUAUUAUCCAUGAGCAGACGGCUGUGAUCAAGCAGCUGAUCGAAAUCAUUGUUAGCAUCCCCAGCCAGCAGAUCGUCAACAUCUCCAACAACCUGCAGCAGACACCACUGCAUCUGGCAGUCAUCACCAAGCAGCCCCAGGUGGUCCAGCUCCUGCUGCAAGCUCGGGCCGACCCCACCUUGCUGGACCGCUAUGGCAAUUCUCUGCUGCACCUGGCGCUCCAGGCUGGCGAUGAAGAGAUGCUGAGGACACUGCUAGCUCACCUGGGCUCGGCUGCCCCUUACCUGCUCCGCCUGCCCAAUUUCCAUGGCCUCCUGCCUGUGCACUUGGCCGUGAAGGCAAAGAGUUUGGCUUGCCUGGACCUGCUGGUCAGGAAGGGAGCAGAUGUGAAUGCAGUGGAGAGGCAGGGCGGGAGGACCCCACUGCAUCUGGCAGUGGAGAUGGAGAACCUGAACAUGGCCACCCACCUGGUGAAGAAGCUGGGAGCAGAUGUCAACAGCCGGACUUUCGCCGGGAAUACCCCACUGCACCUGGCUGCUGGUCUGGGCUCCCCAACCCUCACCAAACUGCUCCUCAAAGCUGGGGCGGACGUGCUGUGCGAGAACGAUGAGCCUGUGAGCCCAUCCUCAUCGGAGGCCAGCAGCGACACAGAUGCCGACCCCGAGGAGCAGGAGCUGGCCAUGGAGCUGGGGGAGCCAGCGCCGGCCAUGGAGUGCAGCACCAACCCCCAGCCACCCACGGAGGGGCACGGGCAGGCAGGGCACAGGCAGCGCCACUGCCACACGCCCCUGGACCUGACUCGGAGCCAGAAGGUGAGGGAGAUCCUGCUGCAGGCCUCCCAGCAGGGCCCUGAGGCAGAGCUGCCCGCUGCCCCCCGGCCAGGAAAGGUCCUGUCGCUGGACAGUGAGGCGCUGCAGGGGCUGGAGCAGCUGCUGAACCAGGACUGCAGCGGGUCCGACUGGAUCGAGCUGGCCAAGCGUCUGGGGCUCUGCAGCCUGGUGGAGACCUACAAGGACACCCCCUCGCCCAGCGUCAGCCUCCUGCGCAGUUACGAGCUGGCAGGGGGCAGCCUGGGGGGGCUGCUGGAGGCACUGGACUCCAUGGGGCUCCACAAGGCUGUGAGGGUGCUCCACAAAACUGAGGCGCUGGAGAAGCUGCAAAGCACAGAGCUGAAGGAAGACAGUGCCUAUGGCAGCGAGUCAGUGGAGGAGGAGCAGGGGCCCGCGCUGGCCCUGAAGCCGGGGCCGGGGGGCGAGUUGCCCCACAGCCAGCAGCCGCAGGUGCACUGAGGGGUCAGCAGCCCCCACAGCCGCCCGGGGGGGCCUCACUGCCCCAUACCUUGCCCUGCCCACACAAGUGCCUUCUGGACUUGGGGUCCGGCUGCCUGGACUCAGGGGAAUGGGAUGCAGCCAGCUCCUGCCCCCUCUCUGCUCUUAUUUAAUGGUCCCUCUUCUGAAUAAAGGGACAAUUUCCAUCACCCUUUGCCCUCCCUCUCUCCAGCCCCAGCCCUGAGCCGGUGGGCACUAACUCCCCUGAGCCCUGCCGGGGGCUGGGAGUCCAGCAGCAAGGAGGCAGCUGCCGGCCCCUCCUCAGCAUCCCUCCCUGCCAGGGCUGUCCCCAACUGUAGGGGAGAAACCACAGUGCACACAAGAAGUGAAGAGCGAGUUUUACUUCAGUAACUGAGAGAAGCUGUACAAAGGUUUUUCUCCCCACCGAGCCACCUGGGGCAAGGGUGGAUAUACUUUUUUUUUUUUUUUUUUUUUUUUUUUUU